AUGCAAUUCCUGUAUGACAUAAAAGCAUAUUUGAAGCAACAGUUAUCGUCACCUGCACAUACAACUAUGUUGGAUCAAACUUUAGAAGGACAGGAUCCAUCUUCAAAUACUGCACAAAAUAUAGUUUGCAUGUUCAGGAAAGCUAAUAAGCUUGGCCAAGAAGCAAUUUUAUACUGGUACUACUUUAUAGAAAAAUAUGAUGAAAGGAUUAACAACCUUGUUGCCAAUGUGAAUUUAUGUCAAAAAAUCCUUAAAGCUAGAAAAUUAUAUAAAUUAUUCAAUACAUUAGGAUUAGAAAAAAUUAAACAGGUCUCUUAUAGUGCAAAUAAAGUUACCAGCUGA